AUGUCGCAGCGAGACCCAUCACCGGGUUGCAGCAAUGGGGAUACCGUUCAGCCGAGGAAUCCGAGGUGCUCGACCAAGCAGAUGGAUACGCAUGAUCAUGAUGAUGAGGAUACACCGUGCCGUAAUAGGAAGACAUCAAAUCAUCAAGUGAUGCAGGCUGAAUCAUCGCUGUCACACCGGAGUCCCGUGGAGUCACCGCUGGAUCCGAUGUUCGGCUCGAUGAGGCACAGUAGAUCGCGGCCAAAUCAAAAUCAAAUAUUCCCCGGUGAAUCGACCUACAGUCCCGGUCGAAUGAUCCUCACCGAUUUGCCCGAUUCAGUUCCACCCAGUAACCGUGUCGAUUCAACGGAUUCGCAGAAAAAUCGGGUGCAGUAUCCACAGAGCCACCCUAACAAUGGCCAUUGUCGAAAUUUGCUACCUGCUGAUGCCACCUACCUGCAGCAUCUGAUGAAUGAAGCGGAGGUGGGUAGCGAGCCGAACAACAGGAGCAGUCGUCGUCAGUGCGCGAUGGAGGAGAGAUAUCGUAAACACAUGAUCGAGGAGAGAUCGGCAAGUCCGACGUCAUCGUCAGACGCUGCUGAAGUUUUCACGUCACCGAGGCACUCGCGACAUCGUCAGCACUCGUCCCACCGUCACAGGCUGGCGAAUCAGUGCAAGGAGAGUCAUUAUCAAUCGACAGUAGCUCCGCAGAUCCACCAGCCCUCGCCAUCGGGAAGGCAUCGUCAGGCGAAUCAUUGUCAUCGUUAUCACGAGAUUGGUCAGCCUCCCUCAUGCUCACCGGUCUGUGACUCCGGUGUCAAGGAGGACGACGGCUCUUCCUCCGCCCUGUCUCAUCAUCGCGACAGAUUUUCAAGCUGCGAAGACAUCAAUACAAUCGGCCCAACAACUGGCAAUCAAGUGCAACCGAGUCAUCAUGGACAGAUGCAAAUUUCAACGAUAACCAAUGAUCAUCAUCGCAUGAGCUCAGGGAUAUCGUGUGAAUCCUCGACUUCGUCACCGAGCAUUAGAAAUCACGGAACUAUCGAGCAUUGCGUGACAGACAGACAUCGUAAUCAUGCACGGCAUACACAUGUGAUACAACCCUACGCUCUGGAUCAUCCUCAGCGCGUGGAAAUUGCUCAUCCAGCAGAAACUAAGAGCCCACUUCUAAUUGGCCUUGAAGCCUACCAAAUGACUGGUUCAACCGGUAAGAAUAAGUGUCAGUGUCACAUUGAUCAUAUGCAGCAGCAAACACAGCACAGUCAGGAGCAGAUGCAACAGCAGAAUCAUCAGAUGCAUCAUCAUCACAAUUUGUAUCACGAGCAUGAGCAGUUCGGUCAGGAUAAGAGGGGUUCCGAGGGCGAUGACAAUGCUGAUAAUAUGGCGGUUGUUGUAUCGAGAAUUCAUCAGCCUCCUGCACUACCACCGAGACCACCACCCAGAACCAACAGAAUAUACGACACAUCCGCUUAUGAUAAUCGCACUGAUAAUGGCGACGGAGGCUGCUGUAAAAAAUAUGUAGUUCUGUGCUGUCUCUGCGGGGCCCUCAGUGCCGCCGUUGGAAGCCUCUUUCUGGCUGUUCACGCUGUUUUGUCCGCCCACACUGCCAGUCUUAUGCAUUUCGAGACUGUACCUUCCUACAUUCCUGGCACAAUGUUGAUACUUAUGGGAUUCUUCACGAUGCUCCUAGCCAGGCGGAAACACAGAUACGGUCUUCUGAUGAAGGUCUGCGGCUCCGUUGGCGUUGUUUGCGCACUUGUGUGCGUUCUCGUCACAGUAACGACAACAGUAAUCCACAUGUCAAAGUUACAGAGCCUCCGCGAGUGCGUUUAUACAGCAAGAGCGAGAUCCUGCACUUGUUAUGGGACAUCACAAGGUAGAAGUGGAGACACUGGGGUACUCUUCGAGGGUACACCACACUGUGAAGCGGUGCAUGGUGCCCUUUACGCCUGCCUGAGAGCUCUAUUUGGUGUGUCUGUCGCUGGUAUCCUAGCCUGCAUAUUCUCCUGUAUGUUGGUGUACCAGUUGCUCAGCCAUGAGAAAAAAAAAAUGUAUUGGGAGCAGCUGGAACUGAGAUGUAGAUCACUGUACGGCCAGGGGGGUGGAGCACCUGUGGGUGGAGCAACUGCAGGCUCCUGUGGAUGCUGCAACGAUUGCGGUGGUGUUAAUCCCUGGUGGGCACAAACCCCCGGGAAUUUGUACACUCCAAAUCCUGAUUUGGCCCCGUCUAGAAGAUGGCGCCUGCCUUGGUCACGUUCACGGGGUCCAGCACCGAGUCCUGACUCAAACUAUGGCUUUCAUGCACAGUCUAUAAGACACGCGAAUGAAUUAAGUGACCCAUCCCGCGAGGGCACAACUGCAAUAUCAGCACCCUAUGGUUUCAUCGAUUCACGUCAAUCAGCUGGCCCCUACUCCGUCCUCAAUCCUCAAAAUAACUCCUAUACGCCUAGUACAGCGUCCUACAGUGUUUUGGAAGCGCCUGUUCCACUUUGGGGACCUCCACCUCCGUACAGUGAUCCCAACAGUCCAGCGAGGAGACCACAGAUUGUUGAGCUCAAGUGCUCAUCCUCUGGGGGUUCUUCGUCGGGCUCCUCCACGACAGCUGCUGCUGUUGCUGUUACACCAUCGAGAUUGGCUAGUGUUAAGAGGACUGUGGAGAAUUUUGAAACUAGUGAAGAUCAUCACAUACAAAGGACUCCACAGCACUGCGCCCCCUCCGACAAUUAUGAGAACACCGAGGAGCUAGCAAACCCAGAGCUAGAAUGCACAGCUGUUCACGAGAGUACGAUGAAGACUCGUCGCUCAAGACGAGCGCUAAAAGGCGUGGAGAACGACGCCUUCCAGCAGGAGCAGAACCACCAGUUGUCAACGACAAAGCAAUCAGAGAGUGAGCUCUACUUCGGGGACGUGUCGUCCUGCUGUGGGCCAGAAAGUAGUUUAUACGAGAUGGCAGUGGAGAAGGAGUUGACGUCGCGAAUGGAGCACCAGGAGGAGCUCCAGCAGAAGGAUUACAUGGCUUCGAGGAUGAGCAAGCACAGAUUAUCGAAGCGAAAUCGUCUGCCUCUUCCCCUCCCUCCGGGUCAAGCGUCCCCUCACCAGGAGCUGCUCGACGCCAACAACGAGAGGAACUACACCAAUGGGGAAGAGUCUCUGGGAUCGUCCGGAGCGUUUCUAGCACCCGACGCUCAAUACGAAGUGAUACAGCAGGGCGCCAGGUACGGCUACUACUCCACAAACCCGGAGGAAGAGUUCAGAGAAGCUCCAGCUGGUUACGGCUUCUACCGAGACGAACCCGAACCAGAACCCUCGAUCCGAGAUUACAGAUCUCAGAGGGAUGACGAUAACCAGAGACAAUCUGAAGAGGACUUGUCCCACGAGAAACUAGGGAGGAGAGAGCAUCAAUGCUGCUCAAACAGUGUCACUGAUCUCGACGCUGACUGGCAGAGUGUGGAGCAAAAAUUAAACUCGGACGAUGGGGUUUGUCCGAUAAAUGUUUAAACUGUUUUGUUGACUUCUCUGAUACAGAGAUAUUAGGUGAAAGGAUGAAUAAGGAAGGAUUGAAAAAUAUAAGGCUGUUUAUAAAGCUCACGACGACAAGGAGAAUCUCUUCUGGGGACAUUCAAAUACUACGUCACUAUUUUUUUACGAUUUCUCAAUCGAAGAAAUGACAGAUGCCUUUUUUCCUCGUGUCUUUUUCUCAUGUAAAGCAAACAGGUUUCACCAAUUCCUCAAACUAUCCCAAAGAUUCAUAGAGGGGAAUUUCAACAUGCUGUGGUGGCUACAAUUUGGUGGAUUGCAAAAUGUUCGAAGAGGAUCGCGGAAAGAUUCAAUUGUUCAGCUAAUCCUUGACUCUUCUUUUCUUAUUGCUGUGUUUUUGCUUGAAUGGAAGCUUUGUAAUCGUACAUUUUGACGAUCUUCUAAUUUCACUUGGAAAUGAUGAAGAAUGUCAUCAAAGGUGAAGAUGAUGUUUUUAGAAAAUGUGUGUGUAAGAUUUGUUUACAAACCUUCCCGAAAAGGAGAUUAAAGUUCGAGCUAAAAAUAUGAAGUUUUGUGGAAUAACUCGCAUGGGUUGGGAGCACAUCUGGGCGAAAUUUUAGCUCAAUCGGUCAUGCUGUUUUUGAGAUAUAGCAAUUCCUCGAAAAUCUUUCUUUCUCAAUAUCUCGAAAACUACGCGACUGAAUUGAAUUUUCUUAACGUCAAAAUAUUUCUUAUCAUUAUAUUCAUCAAAUCAAGUUCUAAUAUCUUCACUCAACCAGGGACAACUUGGUAAUAAUUGUAUAAACAAUAACUCUCUACAAAAUUGAGAUAGGAAGAUGAAAUUUGGUACGAUAGUAGCUCUCGUGAUAUUACAGGCUGAAAUUUCGGAUUUGCGAAAUCAGAUAAGUAAUUCAGGAGAUAUUCAACUUUCGUGAAAACCUGCUUUGUUCCAUAUCUCCCAAAUUACGGGACCGAUGUCAUUUUCUAUUCAAAACCAGAUUUUUCUUUUUUCAAAAUACUCAUCAUGUUUAAAUUUAAUUUGGUAAAAGAACCAAAAAAAUCAACAUAACAGGGGGGAGGGGAUCUCAAAAGUAAAAAAACCCGUGACGUCAUGUUUGAAUAGCCCCGUCCUAUUCAUUGCCAUUGUAGUAUUGCACUUAGAAUGAAAAAAAAUGUAGUUAAUGAACGCGAGAGUAUUUGUUAAUUAAAAUGCGUCACAAAAGCGAGCAAUGCCCGCCGAUGGACCAAGGACAAUACCAAUACGGCACAAAGUAACAUUUAAUCGAUUAUAAAUCAUUCAAUUUAUGUACCCCUAUUCUUCUGUACAUGGUGAUUGUCGCACAAAGAAAUUCUACACAAUCUGACAAUGCGUAUUAAAGUACACAAAUUCGUAAUUUUACAGAAGAGACCGUUGACACUGAUAUUUUGUAAACAAAUUGACUGAUGAAUUAAUAGAAAAUAUAAAACCCGUAAAAAGAGAAUUAAGAAAAGAAAUCAUUAAAAUGAAAAAUCGAGAAUUUCGAUACAUGUGUUCGGAAUCUUGCAAUAGUUUAACGUUGAAUACUAUCAUUAUUAAGCUAAAGUGUACCUUCACGUAGGCUUUCGAUUGGAAAGUAUACCUACGAUCAGUGUAGUUGUAAUUAAAAAAAUAAAGUGAAUUUCUUUUGUAA